GAUAAUUGGCCAGCACCUGUCAAAUUUAUGCAAAUGACCUUUUGAUGGAUGACGUAAGCAACGUCCCUUUUGUGCAACAGUCAAAAAUAUGGUAUUGUUAGGUGUUCCUUUUGACACCUGUUAAAGAACUAUGGUUAUUGGGUGUCUCUGAAGUCUGGUUCGUGUGUAGGUGUGAGAGGAAACCUGUGGAGCUGAGGCGCCAGGGUGUCUGGUAGUCUUUUGUUAUUUGGGGUCUCCCAACGUGGCGAGGGGUUUAGGAGGAAGCGGGCUGUGUGUUCGUGGUGAGACACUGCGUCUGCGUUCGGCGGGGGGUCCGCCAUGCAGGUGUUGUGGGGCGUCUUUGAUGAGAAGAAUAGUUGAGACAUGUCCAGACAGCCCCACCUAUGUAGGACCACGUGAUCGGCGUGGGGUGGUCCCAGCGAUUAGGUUAGUUUAGCCAUGCAAUGUUAAAAAGUCAUUUCUGGUUAGCCUACCUUAAGAGCGCGCUGCGAAGCAUCUUUCCUCCCCGGCUGUGGACCAAAUUUCCUGACUUUCACGGUUUUGUUGAGCUAAAAGUUUUAAAAGUCUUUUCAACGUGAGGACAGGACCGACCAUGAUCAACAUUGAUGACACUACAGCUAGCCUGAAGCUGCUCCAGGUGAGUUUAUUCAAUCUUCUCUACGGUUUUUGAUAGCUAGCAUGUUCUAUGAUUACUUUAAUUUAUUUUACAAGAGCUUUUGUCAGUUAGCAUGCUCUAUUUAAUGCAAAGCAUCCAAAUAAGAGUUAAAUAGCGACCUACCAGCAAUGUUACUGAAAUGGAGACAAGCUUUUUAAGAUGCAUCAUCCUCGCGUUGUCGUGGGAUACUGAUUUCCCACAUGUUUCAUUACACCUCGCGAAUCUCCGCCCCCAUUUUUGAGCAGCCCUAUAAGGUUUGUGGUGGGGUUUGAAAAGUUGAUGACAUAGCUGAAAACCACGCCCUAUAAACAUGAACGCCAUGCCCCUGAAACAUGAUACAAUUUCCAAACCUGAAUGUUUGACCGUAAAGUAGAUUUAAUGUUUGAAUAACUGUAGACAUAGCCUUUCUAUUGACUUAGGUGAAGUUUUUUUUUUUUUUUUUUUUUUAAUAUAAAACAUGUCUGCAACGCGUUGAGAAGCUGAUGCCAUGUGAUACAUAGAACUCGAGCGCCAUCUAGAGACCCUCCACUAUUUAAAAAAAAAAGGUGGAGUUACUUAUUCAUGUUUCUUUAAAACAAAGCAUUUUCACACCUUGGCGAUGGUUAUAUACUUCGCUCGCCAGACAGAGCAUAGCUCCUUUACCUACAACCCAAACGCUGACCGCUGAGGAGAAAAGACAUUGAUUGGGAAAAUGAUCAAUACACAUCCUAAAAAGCCACAGAAUACAGAUGCUGAUGCGUUUGAUCUCACAGACGCGGAACUUGUAAGGCAUUAUGAUGACUUCUACUCAAAACACGGCGAUACAGCGGCUUUAGACGGCUUCGAGGGCGAGAAUGGACGCAUGCGCGACAGCCAAUUAGCAACUACGUCAUAUGCUACCGUGGACAACGCAGGUCAUAUUGUGGUACAUCGUCCAGAGGCGACCGCGGGAUUAUAUUUCCCGGAGUUAUCAUCCGACGAGGACGACGACGAAGCGGGGGGUAGACGACGUUGGCUCCCUGAAUGGGCAGACCCCAAAUAUUAUGGGAGUCAAGAGUCAUAUUUUGAAUGUGGACAAAGGCUACUGACACCAACGCCGCCAUCCACGUUGAUAGAGCUGUGCACGCCUGGGAUAUAUCUUCCACCUCGUGAGUAUGCGUUUUGCAAUAUUGAAAAUCAAACGCUUAAAUGGGAACUAUACAAAACGUUCGCUUUUUAUUUUUCUUUUGGAAAAGAAAAAAGAAAAGAAAAGAAGAAAAACAUCGGUACCUCGGUGGACCGACGCUCGAGCUACGGGACUAUUACGCCACCACCACCACAGACAACGCGGGGUGUUGAUGCAGAGAUACAGGCCGGGUUUGGCGAUGUUAAUCUCCGUGUUCAAACCGAUGUAUCGACCCAGACGGACCCUUUAAUUGAUGUUUCAACAGAUGAUGCCGUGCGAGUGGUUGACACCCGUGGACCCGGCGGAGGUCCAAUAAGACACACAAUUCAACUGCAAAUCUCCACACCCUACGAGGACCGCCCGAGACCUGAUUCCGGUAGGUCUAGAUGCAGGUGUAUGGUACACCUGCGACACCCGGGGCACUCAGGCUCCGUACCCCGCGGAUAUAAGUGCGGGGCUUUCACAUUUUUUUCUUUAUACCGAUGUUAUUCAACACCAACUGGUCGGUGACGUACUGGCUCCGCUACUAAGGACAAUCACAGUGACAGGGGCGCCCAAAGAAACAGUGUUUAAUAGCUUUAACCCAGUUUAUUACAUGCCAGUUAACAGGAAGCAUAUUGAGGACAUCUCGAUCGAGGUCAAGACAGACCAGAACAAACCUGUGGAGUUUAAACACGGAAAAGUUAUCGUCACACUACAUUUCAGACCCCGUUUUUUUUAAAAGAUGGUAAUGCUAGAGACACACCCGGAUCUCCAUCGAUUUGUGGAAUACUAUGAGACUCAGGCAGGGGGCGCUCUACCAGGAUUCCACGGUACACCUGUUCAAUAUGGCCGGGGGUUGGGUUCCAUCUUCGCCAAACUGUUCCGUUUUGUAAGCCCGCUACUCAGGAGAGGUUUCAGCAUGGCUAAGCCUCAUCUACAGACAGCAGCUAAAAACAUAGCAUCGGACGUAGCUGGGCGUGUCGUGGAACGAUUUAAAAACAAUAACAAGGUGUCCUCACAACAAGGAUCCGGCUUAAUGGUCCUAGCACGCAGGCCUGUAAGAAGACCUACGCAAAGACUCGUCAGAAAGGGGCGGGGUCGUCAGAAGCAGCGUAAAAAGCGACGCAGCGUGUCUAGGAGGAGAACAGUCUCCAGAACAAAGCGUAGAAGAAGCAACUUGGAUAUCUUUUCCUAAUUCACUCUGACACGAAAUGGCGCUGAUCCACCACCGGUCUCAAGAAUGCAGCAUGGCCGAGCUGGAUUUGUUUAGCCCGCCAUUAACGCAAUUAUCCAUCGACCAUAGCCAUUAUGUCGAAAUGCUACCAAUAUCAGCUCUCACCGAAGGAGGCCCUAUUGAGUUUUUUAUUCCAGGGGAUGGCUCAAAGUAUUUGGAUUUGGCUGACACAUUGCUUCAGCUACAAUUAAAGGUUACGCGCGCCGAUGGAUCAGACCUACCCGCGCAGGAGCGCGUCGGCAUAAUUAAUUAUCCACUAAACAGUAUUUUUUCACAAGUAGAUGUCACGCUCGGCGACCGUCUUAUCUCUCAAUCGAGUGCCACGCAUCCAUACCGAGCUAUCAUAGAAACUUUAUUAAAUUUUUCUGAUUCGACUUUGAAAAGUCAAUUUACAGCGUCGAUGUUCCAUAAAGACACGCGCGGCCAGAUGGAGUCCACUGCUCUCGAGGGGGAAAAUGUGAACGAAGGGCUAGUUAAACGCGCCCAGCGCGUUGUGGGUUCGAGACCCUUUCAAGUCAUCGGACCUCUGCAUGCGGAUAUAUUAUUUUGUGAACGCCUCUUACUAAACAAUGUGGAUUUGCGCAUCAAACUUAUUAAAGCAAACGAUGACUUUUGUCUCAUGGCUCCAGCCGGGUCCGAUCACAAAUUGAGGAUAUUAAGCGCCUCCCUCUUCGUGAAGAGAGUCGCCGUCUCGCCGGCCAUAGCCCUCGGCCACGCAGCUGCACUCAACAAAGAAAACGCGCUGUACCCGUUAUCACGUAUUAACAUAAAGACAUAUACCAUUCCACAAAAUUCGAGGAGUUGUCAACAAGACAAUCUUUUUCUUGGGCCGAUUCCACGUUAUGUGGUUUUAAGUCUAGUAUCCCACAAUAAUUUUGUCGGGAGGAGGCACGGUAAUCCGUUUAAUUUUCAUCAUUUUGACUUAGAAUUUCUCUCCCUGUGCUCGGAAGGACGUCAGAUCCCGUCUAAAGCGUUUCAGCCGCAAUUUGACGGCGGUAACGUGGAGCGAGAGUUCUAUAAUCUGUACACGGCGACUGGAAGACAUUUGAAAGACUUACCUCUGUGCAUUGAUCGCGAUGACUUUUUAUCCGGCUAUGCUCUGUACGUCUUCAACCUGGCGGCGAGUGACGACUCUGCUGCUUUUUCCGCGCUCACUAGCGGCAGCGUCCGAUUGGAGAUGAGGUUCCGAGCAGCAUUGCCCCAAACCGUCACCUUAAUUGUCUACGCGUGCUACGACUCCAUUUUGGAAAUAAAUUCUAAACGCGAGGUGUUAUUGGAUUAUUACUGAUAGAGGAUGAAUGGCAAAGCACUGGAAACGCUUAUGAAACGACUCCAAGGCAAGUUAUUCGGCGGUGUUUAUGCUUCGGAUGAACUAGCUUAUUUAAACCCCGCGUCAACAACAUUUUAUAUUGUGAAUACACACCCGCGAAGCCGACCCGGAGAACACUGGCUGGCAUUAACGAUGGAGUCGAACGGGACAGCUACUUUUUUUGACGCUUACGGAUAUUCACCAGAUUUCAAUUACUAUCCACACACCAUCAUGUCUUUCUUGGAAAAACACGCGCUACGGAUAUAUUAUCACAACCGCCAGCUGCAAAAUGAACUCUCGGUGACAUGCGGGCAGCAUUGUGUGUUUUACCUAGCCCACCGUGGAUGCGGUAUGUCUUAUGAUGACGUCUUAGCGUGUUACAGUAAUGACACACUUAAAAAUGAUGCUAUGGUUUCUGCUUUUGUCAAGCAUUAUCAGGCCUGUACUACCAAUGUGUGCGCAGGUCAACAAACCUGUUCGUAUGAAAAAUUUAAGAAAUACCAUUGUCUGUAGACGUUUGAUUUGUUCAAAAAAAAUUUAUUGAAUAAAAAUGGUGAAAAAUGUAAAAGCACACGUCUCAGUCUCAUUAUUCGCUAUGGGGUAAAUCCUAUCCACUUGCGCACAGAUGGAGGUGACUUCUUCCUACGUGGUCUUCUCUUUUUACAACUCGAGACCCCACCGUCAGGGGGAACGGUUUCGUUCAAACCGCCGUUCAGCUUCACGUUUCUGAACUGCUGGCGGGCGCCGGCGUUAGUCACAAGGGAUUCCGGUAUGUUGAUCUCAUACAGCGUCUGCAGGAACACCUCCCAUCCUCUAGGUGGCGGUGACGAUGUUGACUUGCCAGCUGCUGUCAAAUGUUUAAGCAGAUCUGUCAUAUGAGAUCCCCUCACAGCAUUGGCUUGGUAGAUGAAUUCAUGCCUAGACGUCCAUUUUACCCCAUGCUCUGUUAAUUUUUUUAGCACGCACAACGCAUUUUUCCGAUAUCUGAUUGGUAUGUUUUGAACCAGCUCCUGCCAUGACUCCCCCUCCAUUACGUCUUCCUUUGCCGUUUUCUUUUCUUCUUCGAUGACGUCUUUGACAACGGAUUUGAGCGCCCCCUGGUGGUCUGGAGUUUCCUGGGUAACCCUUACGACUGUUUUUUCCAUCUCUUUUUCCCCCUGCUUAAUGAGACUUAAGUAACGCUGCAUCAGAGAUUCAUACUUUUUUAUUUUUUCAAAUUGAGUUAAGGACCGGUCUUCUAACACAUCCCUUAUUCUAGUGUCCAAAUCUUGUUCUGCUUUCUCACGUAUAUUAGGGGUGGUACUUCUUAAUCGUUCCAGCUGUUGCGGUGAGAUGAGGUACAUCUUGUCUGCAGAUUUAAGGGACAUUUUUCUUCAGUCUUUUUUUAUCAAGCCGCCUAUGAGACUCCCCACGACCGGUGCCAAUGUUGCCAGAAGGGGGAAAAUGAAUCCACCCCUUUGCUUCAAAGCGGCGCGUUUUCUCUUCAGACUCUUUUUCUUGUCAGCGAGCAGGCGGAAGAUGUUUUUUUGUUUUUUCAACUUUCUGAGUUGACAGGUAGUCAGCGGGAUGUUCCCUCUCACGAGAUUAAGUGCAAUCUCACAUAAAGCCUUAAUUAGACUAUCAGGGCUUUGAGCUAAGAUGUGCUUACGCUCACCUGUUUUGGCACGAAACAGAGCCCUAAGUAGAGCUGCAUUGCUUUUUAUUAGCUGAGACAUAUUAUAAUUUCGGGAGGUAAACAGUAGGCCACUGAUUUGGCAAUAACCCUGUCCUUAGUCUGUAUUGUUCUGGGCAGUUGGGCGUCAAGUCGACGACUAAAUAGCCGUGAGGAGGGCGCGUCGCAUCCUCAAAAGCCUCUAAGAAAUACUUUUUUUUUGUUGGGAGGAUCUGAUUAGCCAACACGCUAACCUGCAAUUUGUCUCGGGGGUUUUUAAACAAAAUUAAAUGCGUACUAUUCAGACUUAUUGCACGGCUGUAUUUACCUUGGUGAAAAAUGUUUUGGCUUAUGAAAAUUACACUCAUGUUUAAAUGAUGUCUAUAUUGUGUAAAGAUUUUCACGACUUCAGGGUGGUCCGAAGCUUGGAAAAUUAGGUCAUCAAGAAUUAUGAGAUGACUUUGAUCCCUAGGAAAUAAACUUUCAUCAUCAAAUGAAUCAGGGAGGCCCUUGAGAAAUUUUAUCUGUUUAUUCAACUUUUUCAAUUCAUCAUACAUGGGCUGCAUCGAUGUGUAAAUCCAGACAACAUUUUGAGGCAGAUUUUUAAUGACAUGAGCAUGGUUUUGUAAUGCAUUUUUCACAAAAUAGGUCUUUCCCGAGGAGCUGGGCCCACAAAUGAGUAUUGAGAAUGGCGGCUGGAGCCGUGGGUCAAACUCAGUUUCUGCUAAAUCCAUUUUUUUUUUUUUUCCCCCCCCUAAGAUUUAAUAGCCAAAUGGUAGCGUUUUCCCACCAGCCAACACUCUCCGUUUGUCAAACACGACGCGCACCCUUUUGAGAAAUGAAGCAUUUUUCAAAUGAAAGCCUUUUUUAUCGCGAGUAAUCGUGUGUUGUGGUGUGUAGAUACAAUCAGAGUGUUCGCCGCCGUGGUUAUUAACAUAUCCAUCAACCAAUUGCUUAAAGCUGUCAAAAUUGACAUGCUGUCCACAUUCAAAUGUCUGUGUAAUACCUUUUACCUUCAUCACAGUUUUUUGAGAAUUCCGAGUUCGGUAGGCAUAAGAUUUUGGCCCGGCGGAAACAAACGUCUCGAUACUUUCUCCAGGCUCAAGCUCAUUUGAUAAAUCACCGAGAUAGGGACCUAGCUUGAGCUGUGUCUGUCCAGCGCCUGUGGUGUAGAUUAGACUGUCUGUGUCCAUAUAAAUGAGACGCUCCUGUAGCUGCUCCAAAUACUCGUACAUAAUUAGUCUGGCAUACGAAGUAGUCAUACAUGCGACAAAUACAUUCGACGUUGGACCUGGUAGCACGACAUUCUCCUUCCUGAAAAUAUACUGAAUCAUCGCCACAUCAUCGUUAAUAAAGUCAAAAUAUUUGAUUUCAUACAGACCUGAGAACAAAAUUUUAAAAAACUCAUCAGCGUUUUUCACAAAUUGUGUCUGAGUCAUGUUAUCUCGUUGACCAAAUUUCCCCCAGAGACUGUUUAAACACAAUUUAGCAACCUGUCUUUUACCCGGGUUCAUUUGAAUGGAAUCGGGAUCAAGCUGGAUGCCUUGGUGUGUCCGGUAGUCCUGAAUGUACUGCUCCUUCUCUGCGGGGGUAACGACAUUUGCAGGGUAGCCUGACGCCUCCUGCUUGUCUUUCAGAAAAGCAGAGAUAUAUUUUUUGAAUAUCUCGGUGCUCGAAUGCUCAAAAUGCCACACCUCGGAUAUUUUCCCAACUCUGUAGCCUAAUGAGACAGCCUUGUUAAACUCAAAAGUCGUCCACACGCCAGUCAGACACCUGGCUGAGUCGUCGUGUGUGCAUUCGGUGGCUUGAUUGUUCUCCUCAGCACAGGUGCGGCAUAGUGUGAAUACAAGUUUGCCUCGGGCUGUUUUGAAGGGGAGCACCGGGAAAUAAAGCCGUCUUGGCGGGUGCACCUCUGCUCUGAUGAAACCAAAAAAUUUGGUUAGAUCGUCACCAAAGUUGUUGUGGAUAACAGUGGGGUGUCCAAUGGGAUAUUCACAUUUAUGGUUUACUGUGGGAUACAGACUAACGACGUCGACGUAAGAUACAUUCUCAUCAGGUUUUGCUGUGUAACUCAACACGAAAGCAUUUGUUCUCCCGCCGAAAAGCGCGUCUCUCGGCUUAAGAGGUUUAGGGAACUCUGAUCUGGAGAGAAACUCUCUCACCUCCGGGUCUGACUGCUUAAGCGCGACCCAUUCAUGCUCCCACAUAACAGUCAGUCGCACGCCAGGUACUGCUCUCAGAAGCUGGUGUUUCCUCUGACAAGCGGCGUACAGCUCUGCAAAAGGACGUUUUGUCAGCGGACACGCCCUCUCUAGGUCAAAACAAAUGGGACAGCCGUGAAAAAAACAUCCUUCGUAUUCCCAGACAUAAAUGACAUUAUCUGAAACGUAACAAAAGCCGUCGACGUGUAAGCCCGCGACCUUUUGCUCGCCGCCGUUCAUGGCAUGUCUUAUAUGCACACCUUUUUUAUAAGCCACCCACAUCAAGUAUUGUAUCGAAUCGUGGGAGAAGGCUUUGUGUUGUCGUCUGUAUUCAUCAGGUGGUGUUAUGGCCAGAGUGUUGACCUCCAGGUAAUUCGACCUGAAAACGGUCAUGCAUGCAGAUGCAAUCGUCACACAAUUAAAAGGGUCGACACGUGUAGCCUUUAAAAAAGCAUCACGAAAUUUUUGACAGCCUAACGCAAGAAUGUCCACGUCGUUCCGACAGUACAUUAAGACCUCUUUUUUGAAGUCAAAAACACCUCCGCACUCGGCAUUGUACCAAGCAUAGAAUUUUGACCGCUCGCUGGGUGACAUGCGGUCGGGGGCGUAAUAUUCCGGUUGCGGAUAUGGCCCAACAUAAUUCAUAUUUGCUUCGCUGCUGAAGAUGUGUGGGAAAUACCCCUUCAGCUUGUCCUCAAAACCGAGAGCUUUUGGCAUGGCGCUCAACUUCAUCGUUAAAAACGAUAAGGAGUCGAUAAAUCUCAAUUUGUAACUAGCGUCCUGCAUGCAAAUAACCUUUGAACCUUGCAUAAUUGGUUUAAGAUUUAUACCCAGCUCUAGCAUUUUAGAGAUCAGAAUGUAGGAAUCAAAACCUCUCGAGUUAUGACCCAGAAGAACAUAAUUUUUGAAUCUAGGUUGCCUAAAAUGUCGGAUGAAACGUUCAGCGCAGUCUAAUCCGUAAAAUGUGUGUUCAGCUCCAGACAAUGUUUUUGCACAUACUAAGAAGGGUACAUGUUUACCGUCAGCCGAUACAAAUGUCUCAAAAUCAUAAAAUAGCAAUUUUUCGUUAGGGGGUGCUGCUCGUAUUGGUUGAAUGUAGCACUGGUGUUGGCUUCUAGCGAGGUCAUCCGUGUCCAACGGCACGUCACACAGUCGACAUUUAGCUACUGGGCAAACGUGGGCUCUCGACUGACCCCCCACCCGGGUGUAAUAUAGCAGACUGCAUUGUUGACACUUCUUAUACCGUUCGCAAAUGCUCGCGCUCAAACCACUUGCCUGCAACAGGACUCUCUCUUUGUGUUUAGCAUAGCAGAGCCUGUUAUGACAGAUUUUGUGACAAUCGUUGCAUUGGAUUAUUUCACGUCUGCUUUGUCUGCAUGUAGAGUUACCGCAGACAUUACAGCUGUGGGAGCAUGUGUGGGUGUGUAGACUUUGGUGACCUUUGUAACACCCCUUACAAAAGUAGCUAUAGCCUACAAAUUGAGCUGGAUUUUUAACGCCGUAAAAAUGACUUUCUUUUAAAAGCACUAUCAGAGCGUCUGGCGACUUUGCGGCAUCGGUUUCAAAAUGCAUUUGGGGUUUACCGAGGUCGUCAUCCCAAAUCAAAACCACAAUUUUACGAUUUAAAACCCUUUCAAAUUUGUGUAUGUCACCGAGCCCUGCUAGGGUUUGAAUAUCCAAUCCCACCGCAGCUUGUAUUUCUUUAGCCCUCGCUAUUAAAUUUUCGGUUGUUAGUUUGCUAUCAAUCAAUCCGGCCAAUGAAAUUGCUAAACAGAGAUUAUUGUUUUGGGGCGGCGGUAUGCAAAGACUACGUCGUUUUUUACGAAUAACCUCACUCCCAAGCAUCUGUGAUAGUUUUCUCCUACAUCCGCCACCGCCUUUUUUGUCUUUGGCUAUUUUAACAACUAAUUCCAACCUCGAGUCGCAAAGAACUUCACCGUUUGAUUGUACCACCCUGUCAAACAAAUUUUGAAAACCUUGACGUAUGUCUUCAGAAUCGCCAUCCAUUUGUAAAAUAUCAUUUUGACUAACGCCGUCACCAAUUAUCUCAAUUUGGAUAAUGUCACCGCGAGAUGCUAGUUCGAGCACGUUGUCGACCUGACGAUCUAUGUUAGCCAUUACGCCGUUGUAAAAGACUGAAAAAUCAGGUGGGCGAUCGUCUAAUGGUGGAAUCAAAUCGAGUCUGAUCUCAAGAGCAUUGAAUUUAGAUCUGUUAAUUAAUUCACCCCCAAUCUGUGGUUCGCUAGGUUCUGGGGAAAUGUGCUGAUGUACACUGUCAUGUGUAACGAGAGGUCCGGUCACCGCAGAUACCCCAGCCAGCAAAGCAUCUUGUGGUACUGAUGUUGGAGGAUGCUCUGACGACGUCGAGCAUCCUCCAACAUCUGCAUCUUGUGGUACUGAUGUUGGAGGAUGCUCUGACGACGUCGAGCAUCCCAUAACAUCAGCAUCACAGUUUGUUGUGGCGGGGUCUUUAAGGGGGGUUGUAUACACCUCCCGCACGGGUGGGCUUAAGCAAUCUGGAGAGGUGGGAGUUUGGACUAUCUCAUCAGAUGCGUUUGGCUCAUGCGGCUGAUUUAAAAGCCUGAGCGCCUCGUUGAGUGGAUUGAAAAAGUCUACAAAAUCAUCUAUCAUACGAAUAUGAAAAAAUGGAUCAUUGUCCUCAACAUCUUGUGGUGCAGAUGUUGGAGGAUGCUCUGACGACGCCGAGCAUCCUCCAUCAGCAACAUCACAGAUUGUUGCUGCGGGGUCAUUAAGGGGGGCUGUAUACACCUCCCGCACGGGUGGGCUUAAGCAAUCUGGAGAGGUGGGAGUUUGGACUAUCUCAUCAGAUGCGUUUGGCUCAUGCGGCUGAUUUAAAAGCCUGGGUGCCUCGUUGAGUGGAUUGAAAAAGUCUACAAAAUCAUCUAUCAUACGAAUAUGAAAAAAUGGAUCAUUGUCCAGCUCUGUUGAAAAAGACUCGGGUUGUUCCACCACAAUUUCAUUGUUUAUUUGCGUCACAAUAUUUUGUAGAUCGUGCGGUACUUCGUCAUUAACGCCAGCCAUUAUAUACAAAACAAAAAACAAAAAAACAAAAAAAAAAAUCAGAAAAUAUGACCUCCCCCACAAACCUUCACACAUCAAAUAAAAUUAGAGUGGAUGGAUACCACGACAUCACCAAUCGUAAUCGAUACUGAUGGCUUGGUUAUUCUUGUCGAGGUUGCAGGAUGUUCUUCAUGCUGUGCCACCAAGGUGCUCGCUGGAGAAGGCUGAUCUUCACGACCUCGAGCAGGGCUCAACGGUGGGGUAGGCACCCCCACACUGCUAUGUGUAGACGCCGAAUCUAAGUUUGGAUGACCUCCUCGACGUUGUCUAGAAGCGGAAUCAGGUCUCGGGCGGUCCUCGUAGGGUGUGGAGAUUUGCAGUUGAAUUGUGUGUCUUAUUGGACCUCCGCCGGCUGGAAUAGACAAACGCAACGGUGUGAGCUAGUUGGUAAAAUCAAUUUAAAUAGAAUCUUAAUAUUGUUCAGAAAAGACUUACGUCCACGGGUGUCAACCACUCGCACGGCAUCUGUUAAAAAAUAGAUGGCUUUAGCGUUCAACCCUCAACCAAUACAAUUUUUGGAAAUAUGAGAAAAUGCAUACCAUCUGUUGAAACAUCAAUUAAAGGGUCCGUCUGGGUCGAUACAUCGGUUUGAACACCUUGAAAUAUUUACAGCAAAUCAUGUCAUGAGAAAAUGUUGAACAUGUACACACGCCUAAAGUAAACAAAUGUGUCAAUCGACCACUAAUCGGUGUUGUUUUAUGAAUGAAAAAACACUUACGGAGAUUAACAUCGCCAAACCCGGCCUGUAUCUCUGCAUCUGUAGGAGAAAAGUAUAUUGAUAAACCUUUAAUAAAUAAAAUAUGGCUGAUAAAUAAAAUAAAAAUGGCUGCCAGUGAUGUCACAAAAUAGCCGACACCGAUGUCUAUCAAACAUGCUGCAUCCGUGCGUAGUGUUAGUCAAGCAAAAUGGCGGUGUAUGUUGUUGUAAAAACAAAAUAGAACAUAUUUCACGAAAAGUUGUGGGGCUGGAAAAAACAAAAUGGACCCCUGUGAUGUCACAAAAUGGCCGACGCCGAUGUCUAUCAAACAUGCUGCAUCCGUGCGUGGUGUUAGACACGCACGUGGUGUUAGUCAAGCAAAAUGGCGGUGUAUGUUGUUGUAAAAACAAAAUAGAGCAUAUUUCACGAAAAAGUUGUGGGGCUGGAAAAAACAAAAUGGACCCCUGUGAUGUCACAAAAUGGCCGACGCCGAUGUCUAUCAAACAUGCUGCAUCCGUGCGUGGUGUUAGACACGCACGUGGUGUUAGUCAAGCAAAAUGGCGGUGUAUGUUGUUGUAAAAACAAAAUAGAACAUAUUUCACGAAAAAGUUGUGGGGCUGGAAAAACAAAAUGGAUGUACUCCGACUUAGGAAAUGUUUGCGUGAGCGCACUCUGUAUCCAACCUAAUAAACAAUGCAUGCGUUAUGAUGUAUCGCACGUGGCAAAAAAAAAAAGUUGUCGUUGGUAGUUUAAAACCCGUAAUGUUUCCACGUGUGAAAGAAUUUUUUUUUUUUUUUUUUUUUUUUUUUUUUUACUUGCUGGUUUAGUAAAAUAAAAAAGACAAACUCACCAACACCCCGCGUUGUCUGUGGUGGUGGUGGCGUAAUAGUCCCGUAGCUCGAGCGUCGGUCCACCGAGGUACCGAUGUUUUUCUUCUUUUCUUUUCUUUUUUCUUUUCCAAAAGAAAAAUAAAAAGCGAACGUUUUGUAUAGUUCCCAUUUAAGCGUUUGAUUUUCAAUAUUGCAAAACGCAUACUCACGAGGUGGAAGAUAUAUCCCAGGCGUGCACAGCUCUAUCAACGUGGAUGGCGGCGUUGGUGUCAGUAGCCUUUGUCCACAUUCAAAAUAUGACUCUUGACUCCCAUAAUAUUUGGGGUCUGCCCAUUCAGGGAGCCAACGUCGUCUACCCCCCGCUUCGUCGUCGUCCUCGUCGGAUGAUAACUCCGGGAAAUAUAAUCCCGCGGUCGCCUCUGGACGAUGUACCACAAUAUGACCUGCGUUGUCCACGGUAGCAUAUGACGUAGUUGCUAAUUGGCUGUCGCGCAUGCGUCCAUUCUCGCCCUCGAAGCCGUCUAAAGCCGCUGUAUCGCCGUGUUUUGAGUAGAAGUCAUCAUAAUGCCUUACAAGUUCUGGUAGGGAAAAAAGACAUGGUUUCUCCAGUUGCUUUUAAAAUACAAAAUGGUGGUCAAUAGAAUGCAUACCCGCGUCUGUGAGAUCAAACGCAUCAGCAUCUGUUGAAAAGGAGGCAUGUUUAAACAUUUUUAUCACUGGUGUACUCAACCCCGCGCUGUGAAAAAUAUAUUUAAAAAAGAGCGUUUACCUGUAUUCUGUGGCUUUUUAGGAUGUGUAUUGAUCACUGUGGGAAUUAAAAUAAAAUUAAAAAAGACAUCAUGUCAACACAUCACAUAUUAAGUUUCAAUUAAGUUAAAAUAGAUCAUACUUUUCCCAAUCAAUGUCUUUUCUCCUCAGCGGUCAGCGUUUGGGUUGUAGGUAAAGGAGCUAUGCUCUGUCUGGCGAGCGAAGUAUAUAACCAUCGCCAAGGUGUGAAAAUGCUUUGUUUUAAAGAAACAUGAAUAAGUAACUCCACCUUUUUUUUUUAAAUAGUGGAGGGUCUCUAGAUGGCGCUCGAGUUCUAUGUAUCACAUGGCAUCAGCUUCUCAACGCGUUGCAGACAUGUUUUAUAUUAAAAAAAAAAAAAAAAAAAAAACUUCACCUAAGUCAAUAGAAAGGCUAUGUCUACAGUUAUUCAAACAUUAAAUCUACUUUACGGUCAAACAUUCAGGUUUGGAAAUUGUAUCAUGUUUCAGGGGCAUGGCGUUCAUGUUUAUAGGGCGUGGUUUUCAGCUAUGUCAUCAACUUUUCAAA